CCGAGGUUUGGCUACUCAAGGACACCGUAAGAGUCACGUGACCACAAAAUCUUGCAUGUCGACGAGAUAUUAGAAUGACUGCUGUCAAACGUGCUGCCAGUAUGGAGGGAGAGGCCUUCUCCACCCUGUGUACCCCUGCUCUGGUGGUGGAUGUGGAUGGAGUGAAGAGAAAUGCCCAGAGGAUGAUCGAGCGCUGUCAGAAUUUGGGAGUCCAGCUACGGCCACACAUGAAGACCCACAAAACCCUCGAGUGUGCUGAUAUAAUGACGGGUGGAUCCCGGAGGUGCAUUGUGGUCUCUACCCUGCCAGAGGCCUGCUUCUAUGCUGACCAUGGAUUUGAUGACAUCCUCUAUGCAUACUCUCUUCCCUUUGAUAAGGUGGAGCGCUGUGCAGCCCUGUCAGAGAGGUUAGAUCUCUUCCAGGUUUUACUGGAUCAUCCUCACGCUCUGGAUCAGCUCAAAAAGAGACCACUGAGAGACGGUCGGCUGUGGCACAUCUGGCUCAAACUCGACUGUGGCAACGGGAGAGCUGGUGUCCUGCACUCAGAGCCUGAGGCGCUCACAUUGGCUCAGGCCAUCUGCGAGACAGAGGGCGUGGAGCUAACAGGAGUGUACGCACACUGCGGGAACAGCUACAACUGCAAAGGAGUGGAGGAAAUACAGACUGUCGCCCAGGAAACCACCGACUUUACUCUGCAGUUCAUGGAAAAACUUAGGACUGUUGGCAUCACCUGUAAGUCCAGCAUUGGUUCCACCCCUUCCUGUAGCCACCCGGUCAAAGACAUGGCACAACUCAGCGAGGUGCAUCCUGGGAACUAUGGCUUCUAUGACGUGCAGCAGACUGUGAUUGGCUCAUGCAGUCUGGAGGAUGUGGCUGUGAGGGUUCUGACGAGAGUCAUCGGACACUGUCCUCACAGGAACCAGCUCCUGAUCGACUGUGGAUGGAGUGGACUCAGUCUAGACGGAGCUGGAAAACUUCCCACUGGAUAUGCUGUGAUUGAAGGACACCCAAACCUCAAGUUGUUGUCUAUGACCCAGGAGCAUGGUAGAGUGGAGCCCAUCUCAGGACCGCUGGACUACAGCAAAUACCCCCUGGGCGCUCUGCUCGCACUGAUCCCCUACCAUUCGUGUGCAAGUGCAGCGAUGCAUCCCGUGUACCAUGUGCACUCUGAGGGCCGUCUGCUGGGGAAGUGGAUACCGACACGUGGGUGGUGAACAGCUGCCGACUGUUCACUCAUGUCACCUGUAAUCAGUCCCAAAAUAUAAGUGUAGAGGUUUUCCAAAACCACUGAUUAAGUAACAUGUAGAACUUUUUGUAGACCUAUUCCCCAAAUGUUUUAAGUGAAGCAAUUUGUGGAAGAAAAUGUAGGAAAAAAUACAUGCAUCUGUGCUUUUAAAUGAUUAAAUAAAUAAAAAGUUUUAGGAC